AUGAAAUGGUGUCUACCGAGACUGUAUAGUACUGGAAUUACUAAAAAUUCUGUAACCCAAACCAGGUUCAAAGAGACAAUGUCGCGAGUAUCCAACUCAGUAUCAAUCGUAACUGCAGCUGUUGGGAUCGAUCAGAAGCAGGAUACCUAUCAUGGUUUAACAAUCUCCUCAAUGACCUCGUUGGCAUUAAAUCCCUUUCCAUUAAUUCAAUUCAACUUAAAAUUACCAUCCUUUACCUCAGAAUCAUUGCACAAAUAUGGAUACUUCGGAGUUCACUUACUGGGAUCGAAUGAAAGAGCUGUUAAACUAGCCAAUCAAUUCAGUAAAGGAGCAAGGCAAUGUGAAAAUGGACUUUUUGAAAGAACGAAGCCAUUUAUUGGUUUAAAAGAAGGAGCUGAUUUCGAAACACAUUAUAUAAAGCAUUCAGAAUUCAAGAUUCCCUUAUUGAAAUAUUGUCGACGAAUCUUAAUUUGUAAAAAGGUAGAAGUGUUCCGGAUAGGAGACCAUGAAAUAUGGGUAGGUAAGGUUAAUGACAUAAUCAUUAACGAUGUCCACGAUAGCGAUCAUGGUGGACUAUUGCAUUACAAUCGUGGGUUUCAUAAGCUAGGUGAUAAUAUUCUAAGCAAUGACAGCAUGCAAAAUAAGUUUGGGAUAACGGAUUCUUAG